CCAGAAACACAGGAACAGACAUUUAGAGACCUGGCUGCACAGUCCUUGCUCAAAGGAGCAGACAGGACAGGCUUUCAAAGAGAUUAAGGGGAUGACUCUGGCAGAGUGGCCCACUCCUUUGAAGAGUUCAGAGGAGGAUGUCAGCCCAGUCUCUUCCUGCAGCAACACCACCUACCCAGAAGCCCCCUCGGAUUAUUCGCCCCCGCCCCCCCUCUCGCCUCCGGGCUGCCCAGUCCCCAGGGGCCCCCCACAACGGUUCCUCUCCUCAAGAACCUACCCUAAGCUCCAAUGAUGCACCAAGCCCAAUGUGCUCUCCUAUCUUUUGGGAACCCCCAAUCUCAUCCCUCAAGCCCCCUGCCCUCUUGCCUUCCUCAGCUUCUAAAGCCAGCCUUGACUCCCAGACUUCCCCAGAUUCACCUACUAGCAGCCCCAGUCUAGUGUCACAGCGCUCCAUCUCCCCAGAGCCUGCUCCCCGAUCUCCAGUCCCCCUACCCAAACCCUCAGGAUCACCCAGCACAUCUCUGGCACGAGUCCCAGUCCAGGAUGGCUCUGCCUCAGCCCUGGGCACUGUGCGGAGACUGGCUGGCAAGUUUGAAUGGGGGACUGAAGGCAAGGGUCAGGCUGCGGAUUCCCUGGAGCCCAGUCCUCAAGGGGCAGGGGACAUGAAUGGGGAGCGAGAGACUCCCCAGGGCACCCUCUCCGGGAGUGGGUCACAGGAGAAUGGGGCUCCAGAUGCCAUCCUGGCCUGUCCUCCCUCCUGCCCGUGUGUCUGCCAUGUAACUCGCCCUGGCCUGGAGCUCCGCUGGGUACCUGUGGGGAGCUUUGAGGACACUUUCAGGAUCCCCUGCCGGGCUUCCCCACUGCGCACCUCCCGCUCCCGCCCCAGCCCUUCAAGCAUCAGUCACCCUUCAGUUGUCCUCACAUCCUACCGGUCCACUGCGGAGCGCAAACUCCUGCCACCUCUCAAGCCCCCCAAACCUACUCGAGUGAGGCAGGAUAGCAGCAUCUCUGGGGGUCUUCCCCAGCCAGAUCUUGAUCUACCCUCUCAAGAUGGGAUCCAAACAGGUGACAGUCCUGAUGAAGUUCCCAAGAGCACUCCUCCAGCAACCUCGGAGGCCAGGGAUGAGGAGGGACUGGAGUUUCUGAAGGAGCAGAACUGGGAGCUGCCCCUGCAGGACGAACCUCUGUAUCAGACCUACCGAGCAGCUGUGCUGUCAGAGGAGCUGUGGGGUGUCAGCGAGGAUGGGGCACCCUCACCGGCAAAUUCUGGAGAAGCCCCCACCUUCUCACGGCCUCCUGGACCUCGGAACACACUGUGGCAGGAGCUUCCGGCUGUGCGAGCCAGUGGCCUCUUGGAGACCCUCAGCCCCCAGGAGAGGCGCAUGCAAGAGAGCCUGUUCGAGGUGGUGACAUCUGAGGCCUCCUACCUGCGUUCCCUGAGACUGCUGACUGACACCUUCGUGCUGAGCAAAGCAUUGCGGGACACACUUACACCUCGGGAUCACCACACCCUGUUUUCCAAUGUGCAGCGAGUCCAGGGAGUCAGCGAGCGGUUUCUGGGGACACUACUGUCCCGGGUGCGCUCUUCUCCCCACAUCAGUGACCUGUGUGAUGUGGUGCACGCCCACGCGGUGGGCCCAUUCUCCGUGUACGUGGACUAUGUGCGGAACCAGCAGUACCAGGAGGAGACCUAUAGCCGCCUCAUGGACACGAACUUGCGCUUCUCUGCGGAGCUGAGGCGCCUGCAGAGCCUCCCGCAGUGUGAGCGGCUUCCCUUGCCAUCCUUCCUGCUGCUGCCCUUCCAGCGCAUCACCCGGCUCCGAAUGCUGUUACAGAAUAUCCUGCACCAGACAGAGGAGGGAUCUAGCCGCCAAGAAAAUGCCCAGAAGGCCCUGGGUGCCAUCAGCAAGAUCAUCGAGCGUUGCAGUGCUGAGGUGGGACGCAUGAAACAGACAGAAGAGCUGAUCCGGCUCACGCAGAGGCUGAGAUUCCACAAAGUCAAGGCCCUGCCUCUGGUCUCCUGGUCCCGGCGCCUGGAGUUGCAAGGGGAGCUGACAGAGUUAGGGUGCCGGAAGGGAGGCAUGCUUUUCAACUCGCGCCCUCGCUUCACACCCCUUUGCCUGCUUCUGUUUAGUGACUUGCUCCUCAUUACUCAACCCAAGAGUGGGCAGCGACUUCAGGUUCUGGACUAUGCCCAUCGCUCCCUGGUCCAGGCCCAGCAGGUUCCAGACCCGUCUGGACCCCCUACCUUCCGCCUCUCCCUUCUCAGCAACCACCAGGGCCGUCCCACCCACCGGCUUCUUCAAGCUUCAUCCCUAUCAGACAUGCAGCGCUGGCUGGGAGCCUUCCCCACCCCAGGCCCUCUUCCCUGUUGCUCAGACACCAUCUAUGAGGACUGUGAUUGCUCCCAAGAACUGUGUUCAGAGCCUUCUACACCAGUCAAGACAGAAGCACAAAGUCUGGAAUCCAGGGCUCCCUUCAAGCAUUUGCACAAGAACCCUGAAGGUUGGCUGAAGGGACUUCCUGGGGCUUUCCCUGCCCAGUUGGUGUGUGAAGUCACAGGAGAACAUGAAAGGAGGAAGCACCUUCGACAGCACCAGAGGCUCCUUGAGGCUGUUGGUUCCUCUUCAGGUCCCCCCAGUGUCCCCUCACCCUAAUGCAGGGUGGGGAGGGGACACAGGUUGGGACAGCCAGCAGUGUGACAAAGAGAGGAGAAAAGCUCACCCAUCCACUGGGGUUGCUGUCAGUGGAAAUGCUACCUCUAGAGGCAACUAAGAAGGAAGGAGCCUCAGGACAGGGCAGGCAAUGAAAGCAGGGCCCUCAGAGCACAACUUCAGAGGAAGACUGAACAUAGCUUGAGACACCACCAGUGGAGCCAGAGGCUUGGUCCAGCCAAUGAGUGCUGAGCUGACUGAGGCCCUGGUCAAUGAGCAUUCCUGCUAUGCUCACAGCCAGGACAAGAGGAAGUUAAGCUGAUGCAGGUAAAAAGGACAAUGUUAGAGAAGAAGUCCAAAGAUAAGCUAGCCAAAGGCGAUGACCAGCAGCCCAUCCAGCCCAAGAAGAAAGGCCCAAGGAACUAGUCAUGACCCUUCUCAGUUCUACAGGAAUAAUUUCCUUGAGCCUGGGAAAUGCUAGUUUCCAGUCCUGCAGUGCUUCCUAUGUCCUCUCAAGCCAUGUCCUCUCUUCUAGGAGAAUCCGGAAUGUAUUUCUUAGAGAAUCUGAUUGUACAUGUGUGUUGAUGUUCCAGGAAAGAUAACUAUGCUAAAUGUGUGUGUGAGUGUGUUUCCUCCAAGUUGACUGAGAGCUCAACUUCUUCCCUCAUUACUGUUUUUGUCCUUCCCCUUCCCUUCCCUUCCCUUCCCUUCCCUUCCCUUCCCUUCCCUUCCCUUCCCUUCCCUCCCCUCCCCUCCCCUCCCCUCCCCUCCCCUUCCCUUCCCUUCCCUUCUCUGCUCUCCCCUCCCCUUCCUUUCCCUUCUCUUCUCCUUCCUCUCUCCCUCCUUCCUUCCCUUCCCCCUCCUUUUCCUCUUCCCCAUCCUUCCUUUCUUUACCAGAGCUCUGCUCAUCUUUGGCUUAUGGUGAUGCAGGGAAUUAAACUUGGGGCUUCAGAACCUCAGGCAAGAGAGUCUUUUUGCAUAACCAUUAUGCUACUUAACCCCUGCUCCCCUCUUUUCCUCUGCCACCAGAUUUAUUGCUGGGACUCAAGCCUGCACAAAGAAAGAUCUUAAGGUCUCAAUUCAUUAGUUCUGGUGGCCAUUUUUUCUUUUUCCUUUUUCUCUCUUUCUUUUAUUUGAUAGGACAGAAAGAAAUUAAGGAAGAGGAGGAGGAGGAGGAAGAGAGAGAGAGAGAUACCUGCAGUAUUGCUUCACUGCUCAUGAAGCUUCCUUCCUGCAAGUGGGGACCAUGGUAAAGUGUGUGCUUAAUUGGGUGUGCUACCUCCAAGACCCUGUGUGGUUUUUCUUAUUAUUCUCCCUAUGAAAGACCAGGAUUGAGGUCUGGAGCACAACACACUGGAUGUGAAUUGGAAGCCAGAGGUCAGAGCUAGAGAUGAAAGCCCUGAGUCCUAUGUCUUGUAGAGGCAAGGGUUCUAUGACAGUUGUUGGAUGGUGCUAUGAAGCAUUCAAGCAGUCCCACAGAGGAUCCUGAGGGACUGAAGAUGCCCAGAAUCUGGGCCCUAAGGUCCUCUGAAACCCCAGACUCAUCUCAAUUUCCCCAAAGUUUAGUUCCCACAACCCCUGUCUGCAUACCUUCCGGCCAGAACUGUAACCAGUGGUCCAGCCUCAGCCUUACAUUUUGAACUGGCUCUGAAUCUCAGGUUUCGGUGAAGAAAUGGUAUCUGUGACUCACAGGCCAACUGAUGAGACUUCUGUUCUUUCUUGCCUUCAUCAUCGUCCUCUCAAAGACAAAUUGAGACAAACAAUAGGGAAAGAGUGAAGAGCCAGAGUUGCUGCCCAAGCCCAUCAAAAGCUCCUGCUUCCAGAUGUGAAACCUCCCUUGCAUGAUGUCAAAAGGAGGUGAGGGAUGCAGACACUCAUUGGCCAAGGAGAGCCCAAGCUGACACAAGGUCUUCUUGGAGUGAGGCUGCCACACCUUCCCUUCAGCUCAUAGUGGCAACUUGCCCAGGACAGAUAACUAUCACUCUGACCAUAGGAGGUGUGGCCUCUGGGAGACCACAGGGAGGCCACAGGACUCUGUGAGACUUACAAGGAGAAAGACACUGGCCUCUGGCACAUCUGUGACUUUGGACUCACUGAGCACAGUGACUGGCAUAAGAAAAUCCUUCAAUAAACAGUGGCUCUGCA